AAACCAAUGACUCUCUCCACUUUUGUUUGUCUUCGAUGGCUGCCACCACCACCAACGCUCUCGGUGCCUCAAGUUCAGGUACUGCAAAUGAAAAGGAUGCUUUACCAAUCGAGUCUACCAAUGGAGCUGUUCCCCUUCCAAGCUUAGAGACUAAACCUGAACAGACUGAUGUAAAAUCUCGGGUAGAUGCCAUGUGGGAGCAAAUGAAUAAAGGAGUAUCUAAUAAGAAAUUCAAGGAUUUAUUAAAGAAGUCUUCAACUGUGAAUAAAACUCCAAAGAAGGCAUCUGAUAACUGGAAGGCAUAUCUGGGCCUGGCACCAAAGAAGGCAGAGUCACCAAAAGAAAAUGCACCACAGAAGGGAUCAAAUGUCACGCAGAACAGCUCUAGUGAUGAUGUCGUGCAGGACAGCUCUAGUGACAAGGCCAGGAGGCUUGCUGCUGCUGCUCUUGUAGAAGUUAAGGAUGCUGCAGCUGCAGCAUCAGGCAGAGGGAAAGUUGAGAUCACAGAGGUUCGGGAUUUUGCCGGUCAAGAAAUUGAAUAUAAGAAGCUUGUUGAUGCUGAUUCAAAGGAAGCAUCUGAAAAGGCGAAAGCUCCAGCAGCUUCAGCUGUGGAUGCAGUGCUCGAACAGAUUAAGAAGAAACAAAAGCUCAGUGUGCUUGACAAAACAAAAAAGGACUGGGGGGAGUUUAAGGAGGAAAAAGGGUUGGAUGAGGAGUUGGAUGCUUACAAGAAGAGUUCAAACCAAUAUUUAGAUAAGGUAAACUUCUUGCAGAGAGCAGAUUUCCGGGAGUUUGAACGGGAGAGGGAUGCACGGCUAGCCUUGCAGUCGAAAAGGAGGCCAGAUAUGCGGGAGGAUCCGUAACUGCACAAUAUUAUGGGUUGCUUUCAAUUGCCUUGUGCGAACGCCAAACUGGGAAUUGUGGAGAGGAGAAUGGGCAGUUGCUGAAAGUUUUAGUAUGGUUUUCUGCUUUGAAGAGAGAAAUCAAUCCUUAAAAUAUCUUUUAAGGGGUAUUGUGCAUUUGCGUGAGGUAUUUUUCAACAGUUCCUGGAUUUUCAAUGAGAAGAGAGAGGCCGUUAAUUGUAAACUAGGGAAGGAAUUUUCAUCUUAUCAGAUUUUAGGGGUGGGAUUUCUUAGAGCAGGAACUUGCAGUAUCACAUGAUGGGAACAUGAGUCACAGUUCAAUUCUUUCCCUUCAUUUGUUGAAAGUAAGAAAAGAAUGGUGAUCUGAUGACUUCUCUUCGCUCUAUUUCAUCUGUUUUUGUUUGUUUUUUUGUCAAAUAAUUGUUGGUCUUCUAACUC